AUGAAGCUCAGAGAGCUGAGGCUCACAUCUACGCUGCAUGGGUACGCUCCUCUACCCACACAGAUCACGGCGCUCCAGGCCAUCCACUAUAUUUUGCUUGCAGCGUUUGUGCCGCCUCUCCUGUCUAUUUUCACGGCGCCUGCAGCGCUGCGCUUUGAGGGCGGGCCUGCGCAGGUCGGCAUGAUCAUUGACUGGCGUGAGCUAGCGAGCCAGCCGACGUGGGACUGGGACAUGCUCACGCAGCUGGUCAACAUGUACACCGGCUGGACGGCCAAGGGGCAAGAUGCGCCUAGGUGGACCGACGCGGAGCAGGCGGCCGUGCACAACUGGACGGCAGGCUCAGUGUGGCUGGAUGUCGCGUACAUCAACGGAUCUGCUGUGCCGCAGGUGCUGCCACCCUCUGCGUUCCGCUGGAACGAUACGCAGGCUAGUGACGCGCGGAACGACUCGGUGGCUACGUCCGCCACGCCGGCGCCGAGCAACACCCUGCUGCAGCAGGAAACACAGCUGGAACAGUGGGAAUGGCACAAGACGCACGACGUGCGCCGUGGCUGGGCCAUCUCAUUUGGAUGGCUCCUAACGAUCAUUUUUGAUGUGCAAGUGCUCUACUACUUGGUGCGCAAACCCACGCACGUCCUCGACUUUGUGUGCACGAUGCAUGUGGUCCACUUCCUAAUCACAUCGUGGUACGCAGGCUCGAUUCCCUACUCGCUCUACUGGUGGCUUGUCAUGGCUCUGCAUGCGACGCUAUGCAUCGUGUGUGCCGAGCGCUUCGCGAUCCAGCGCGAGAUGCGCGUCGGAUUUUCCGAGCACCAGCUGCUCGAGUCGCAUGGCACCGACGCCAUGGAGCUGAACGAGCUUCGCGACUAG